UUUUCAUCUUUGAAGAAGACAUAAUAAUAAUAAUGGCAUCAUCAUCAUCAGAUUUCCAUGUGAUGUUCAUUCCAUACAUGGCUCCAGGCCACAUGAUACCAAUGCUCGACAUAGCCGGUCUCUUCGCCGAAAACGGAGUCAGAGUCACCAUCAUCACCACUCCAAACAACGCCGAUCGUUACAUCAAUCACAAGAUUUUCCGACCACUCAUAACCCUAAAACUCUUCCCUUUCCCCACCCUCCAAGCCGGCCUUCCAAAACACUGCGAAAACAUAACCGAUGCCCCCACUCCAGCUAUGUCGAUCCGUUUCCUCCGCGCCGUCGAUAUGCUCCGCCCAGAAAUCGAAACCUUCAUACGCCAAACCAAACCCCAAUGCAUCUUCUCCGACGUCCUCUUCCCUUGGACGUCUCAAAUCGCAAUCGAACUCGGCAUACCCAGGUUGUCAUUUUGCGGCAGCGGCUUCUUUAAUCUCGCCGUUUCUCUUGCCAUCCAACGCUUCAAACCCCACGAAAACGUUGAAUCUGAUUCAACAAAGUUUGUUGUUCCCACCCUUCCGCAUCGGGUUCUGCUCACCAGAUCCCAGUUACCCGACAUAAUGAAAUCGAGAACCACAUUCUCUCAACUGUUUGAUCAGUUGAAUGAGGCAGAGAGCAAAUGCUAUGGGAUGGUUGUGAAUAGCUUCCAAGAACUUGAAUCUGGUUAUGGGGAUUAUUACAGAAAGACAAUAGGAAUCAAGGCAUGGCAUGUCGGACCUACUUCACUCUACAAAGGCACUCCUCCGACUUCGUCGGAAAAGUACGAAUGUCUUACUUGGCUCGACGGCAAAGAACAAAACUCGGUUCUUUACAUCUGUUUUGGGAGCCUGACUCGACUCUGUAAGACUCAAAUCGACGAAAUCGCAACCGCCCUCGAAGAUUCAAAGCAUUCCUUCAUCUGGGUAUUGACAAAGAUUCUAAAAACAGGGGAGGAAGAGGAGGAGGAGCAAAACGGAGGAGAUGAAUGGUGGCUUCCUAAUGGAUUUGAGAAGAGAAUGAAUGAGAAACAAAAGGGAAUCAUUAUUAAGGGUUGGGCUCCACAGAUAUCAAUCCUAAGCCAUCCGGCGACGGGAGGUUUCUUAACGCAUUGCGGUUGGAACUCGAUCUUGGAAGGAGUGGCGGCUGGGGUGCCUUUUGUUACUUGGCCGAUAAUGGCGGACCAAUUCUCUAACGAGCAACUCUUAACUCAGGUUUUGAAGAUUGGAAUUCCGGUUGGAAAUGAAGUGUGGAGAAUUUGGGCGACUGAGGAGACUCCGUUGAUCGAUAGAGAGAUGAUCAAGAAAGCGAUGGUUAAGGUUAUGGAUGGCGGAGACGGCGAGGAGGCGAUGGAGAUGAGGAAUAAGGUGGCGAUGAUGAGUGAAUUGGCUAAGAAAGCUGUUGAAAAAGAUGGAUCUUCUAUUAAAGAGUUCAAUGAUUUAAUCCAAGACAUCAAAUCUUAUAAACCAUAAAUGAAAGAAAGUUAUCUAGGGAUUGA